AUGAGUUCAUCGUCGGAAACAGAAUGGGACGAGGACAAGAGCGACAAGAGUGUAUGUGCUGGUCACGACACCGAGUGGACUUGCCCUAGGGAGGACUUGGAUCGAGUGAAUGAAGAGUUAUCCGCUUGCCAAUCUGCACUCGAGCGCUACAGGCGAUACGUAAAGCACUUACAGUGGCACUGUGCUGCCUACAGGAAGGCCAUUGUAAAAUUGCCAGCUGGGUCUGAAGCACUCAGUGAGAUAUUGAGCAGCUUUGAAAGGAAAACAGUUUGUUUGGAGUGUGAGAAGGACAACCUGAUUGAAGAGAUUGCAUCCUGCAAAAGGGAAAUUGGUUAUCUGAAGAAUCACAAGCCUAACGAUAUGCCCUCACCUAUACGCUCUGGAAUGAAAAGCAACCUAGCCGAUGAACAGAUCUCUCCAGUGCUUCGUGCAUCUAAGUGGCAUAAAAAAUGAUAUCUUCUGUAGUAUGUCCUGUCCAGACAUUUCCCUUGACUGCCUUUUCAUUUCAAAUAGUGAACAGAGACUUAAUGUACCUGCAUUGCUGUGAUUUGUGUACAUUUGAGAACAAGAUUCGUG